GCCUUGGUCCUGAAAGGCCCUGCGCUGGACUUCUCUCCGCCCGGCCGGAAGCAUUUCUUGAAUUGCCAAGAUGCAACGAAUGUCAGCAUCGAGCUUUUGCAGGCGCCCGAGAAUGUGGUUCAGAAAAGCGCGCUAGAGCUGAUGGAGGCCGUAAACAAGCCCGAGAAGACCUGUGUGGACAUCCGGAACGCGUGGGUCACCAGAGUGGAAGACUUGGAGUUCAAGGAAACCAAG